AGGAUCUCCCGUGCGUCCGCCGUCCCGUCCCGCCGACAUGCUGCGCCGCGUCCUGCUCUGCGUCCUGCUGGCCGCGCUGCCCCGCGCGGGCGCCGACGCCCCCGAGGAGGAGGACGACGUGCUGGUGCUCAAGAAGGGCAACUUCGAGGAGGCGCUGGCGGCCCACAAGUACCUGCUCGUGGAGUUCUACGCGCCGUGGUGCGGCCACUGCAAGGCGCUGGCCCCCGAGUACGCCAAGGCCGCGGGCAAGCUGAAGGCGGAAGGCUCGGAGAUCCGGCUGGCCAAGGUGGACGCCACCGAGGAGUCGGACCUGGCCCAGCAGUACGGCGUCCGCGGCUACCCCACCAUCAAGUUCUUCAAGAACGGGGACACGGCGUCCCCCAAGGAGUACACAGCUGGCAGAGAGGCCGAUGACAUUGUCAACUGGCUCAAGAAGCGCACGGGCCCCGCGGCCACCACACUGUCCGAUGCGGCCGCCGCGACGGCCUUGGUGGAGUCCAGCGAGGUGGCCGUCAUCGGCUUCUUCAAGGACGUGGAGUCCGACUCUGCCAAGCAGUUCCUGCUGGCGGCUGAGGCGGUGGACGACGUCCCCUUCGGGAUUACGUCCAGCAGCGCCGUAUUUUCCCAGUAUCAGCUGGACAAGGAUGGGGUCGUCCUCUUCAAGAAGUUCGACGAGGGCCGAAAUGACUUCGAAGGGGAAGUCACCAAGGAGAAGCUGUUGGAUUUCAUCAAACAUAACCAACUGCCUCUGGUCAUCGAGUUCACUGAGCAGACGGCCCCUAAGAUUUUCGGAGGCGAGAUCAAGACCCACAUCCUGUUGUUUUUGCCGAAGAGCGUGUCUGACUACGAUGGGAAACUGAGCAACUUCAAGAAGGCUGCAGGGGGCUUCAAGGGCCAGAUCCUGUUUAUCUUCAUCGACAGUGAGCACGCAGACAACCAGCGCAUCCUGGAGUUCUUUGGGCUGAAGAAGGAGGAGUGCCCGGCCGUGCGCCUCAUCACACUCGAGGAAGAGAUGACCAAGUACAAGCCCGAGUCCAAUGAGCUCACAGCUGACAAGAUCACAGAGUUCUGCCAGCGCUUCCUGGAGGGCAAGAUCAAGCCCCACCUCAUGAGCCAGGAGCUGCCUGAGGACUGGGACCGACAGCCUGUUAAGGUGCUGGUGGGCAAGAACUUUGAGGAGGUGGCGUUUGAUGAGAAGAAGAACGUAUUCGUGGAGUUCUAUGCGCCCUGGUGCGGUCACUGCAAGCAGUUGGCCCCCAUCUGGGAUAAACUGGGGGAGACCUACAAAGACCAUGAGAACGUUGUCAUCGCCAAGAUGGACUCAACAGCCAAUGAGGUGGAGGCGGUGAAAGUGCACAGUUUCCCCACGCUCAAAUUCUUCCCCGCCGGCCCGGGCAGGACGGUCAUUGACUACAAUGGGGAACGGACGCUGGAGGGUUUUAAGAAGUUCCUGGAGAGCGGCGGCCAGGAGGGAGCUGGGAACGAGGAUGAUCUGGAGGACCUGGAAGAGGCAGAGGAGCCUGACCUGGAGGAGGACGAUGACCAGAAAGCCGUGAAGGAUGAGCUGUAGAGGCCGCCAACCUGCAGCGGCAGCAGCAACACACAGGCCGCUCCCAGGAGCGCCAUGACCGUAGGGACCUCUGAGGCCCGGCCACUCGACACAGCCCCUGGCACAGGCCUGGCUUUCUAAUUGUGAUGUACUUUUUCGUACAUUCGUCCAGAGCUCGCUGAAGUGUCUUUGGGGUCUCAUACUGGCACUGUGGCCCCCCCCAAUCAACUGUCCCCUCACUCAGAACAGCCCAUUGUGGGCUCAGGUGCCAACCAGGCUGUCCCCACCCACAGCUCACCCAGCCACAGCCCUGGAGCACAUGGUACCUGCGGCUGGCACCACCCUACCCCCCACCCAUGCCUGAGGAGGUGACCAGCUGGGUGGGCCAGCCUGCCCCCCAAUUCCUCUCUCCUCCCUGCCCCCGAGGCCUAUUGUGUGAAGGCUUCGUGGGCAGGCAGGGCUGACCCUUCCCAGGCUGGUCCUCAGGGCCUAGCCACUCGGCGUUUCUGCCCCAGCACUGGGAUUAACAAAUUGGCCAAAUAAAAUUGAAACUGUC